AUGGUAAAAAGGUACGACGAUAGACGUGGCGGUCGUGGCGGUGGUCGUGGAGGUAGCCGUGGAAGCCGCGGUGGAGGUAGAGGUGGUUCUCGAGGAGGACGAUCGAGUGAUCGGUCCCAGGAGAGAGGAAGCAGUCGCUUCGGUAGCAGCAGCCGUGGCAGGGAUAGCGGCCGUGGAGGACGAGAUAGCAGUCGAGGCUUUGGAGGACGUGGCGGCCGAGAUGAUUUCCGCGGAAAUUUUAAUAAAAAUGACCAACCUGGGGGUAACCUCAGGAAAAUUCGCUGGGAUACAAUUACGCUAACUCCAUUCCAGAAAAACUUCUAUGUGCCUCAUCAGAACGUCCAGUCGCGCAGUCAAGCGGAAAUAGAAUCAUAUCGUAGCCAAAACCAAAUUACUGUGAAAGGACGCGAUGUUCCCGCCCCGAGCAUGUACUUUGAGGAGGGCGGCUUCCCAGACUAUGCUAUGAAAGAAAUAUUGAAACAAGGCUUUCCACACCCAACCCCUAUUCAAGCUCAAGGCUGGCCUAUUGCAUUGUCUGGAAGAGAUUUAGUAGGAAUUGCUCAAACAGGUUCUGGGAAAACCUUGGCCUAUAUAUUACCUGCUAUCGUACAUAUCAUAAAUCAGCCUCGCCUACUGAGAGACGAGGGGCCCAUUGUUUUGGUUUUGGCUCCGACCAGGGAACUGGCUCAACAGAUUCAGCAGGUGGCCAAUGAUUUCGGCCAGAGCGUACAAGUCCGCAACACUUGCAUAUUCGGAGGUGCACCCAAGGGACCGCAGGGCCGGUGCCUCGAGCGGGGAGUUGAGAUUGUCAUCGCGACACCAGGACGACUUAUUGAUUUCUUGGAGAGAGAAACUACAAAUCUCCGUCGGUGCACGUAUCUGGUGCUCGACGAGGCCGACCGGAUGCUGGACAUGGGUUUCGAGCCUCAAAUUCGUAAGAUUAUCGAGCAGAUUCGACCAGACAGACAGGUUCUGAUGUGGUCUGCUACCUGGCCUAAAGAAGUGCAGAACCUAGCUGAGGAGUUCCUGCAUGACUACAUCCAGAUCAACAUUGGUUCUCUCAGCCUGUCUGCCAACCACAACAUCCUGCAGAUUGUGGACGUGUGCGAGGAGUGGGAGAAGAAUGAUAAACUCGUCACACUGCUCACUGAGAUAUCCUCUGAAGAAGAGACAAAGACCAUCAUAUUUGCUGAGACCAAAAGACGGGUCGAUGAGAUAACGAAAGCAAUCAACCGCGCUGGUUGGCGCGCACUCGCCAUUCACGGCGACAAGAACCAGCAGGACAGGGACUAUGUGCUCAAUCAGUUCCGUAUGUCCACCGGAGGCAUCCUCGUCGCCACCGACGUGGCAGCGCGCGGCCUCGAUGUGGAAGACGUGAAGUUUGUGAUAAACUAUGAUUAUCCGAACAACUCGGAGGACUAUGUGCAUCGUAUCGGUCGCACGGGUCGCUCGCACAACACCGGCACUGCUUACACUCUCUUCACUCCUAAUAACUCCGCCAAGGCUAAGGAUCUGAUGUGUGUCUUACAAGAAGCUAAUCAAGUGGUGAACCCUAAGCUCAUGGAGCUGGCGCAGUGUGGCAUGGGAUUCAAAGGCAAAUAUGGACGUAACCGUUACCGUGAUAGAGAUGACAGCCAGGGUCGGUUCGACCGCGGGGGGCGUGGACGCGGCGGACGGGACGGUGGACGGGGACGCGAUGGGGGACGAGGCGGUAGAGGACGCUUCGGAGGGGAGAGGAAUUCCAGAUGGGACGACUCGAACAACGAUUACGACAACAACCAGGGACCAUACAAUACUCGUUCAAGCUACAACCGAGAUAGUAGUAGAGACAACUUUAGGCAGGAUAAUGGAUUCCGUGGCAGAGGACGCGGCCGUGGUGGCAGUGACGCGCAGUCGUUCCAGGCCCAGUCCGGCGGCGGGUACAACAACUUCAGUCAGUCGCAGCAAGCAUUCAACGUUCCGCCGCCCACCAGCUACUACAACAUGUACGCGCAGCCCCCGCCGCCGCCCGCCACCAAGUUCCCCGCGAAAUAGAUAUAUUAGUUAGACUAAGAUUGACUGGAUGUGAUGUGAAAUGAUGUUCAUAGGGUUAAUUGUGGGUGUUCCAUAUUUCAUUGAUUUAUACAGUGUGAUGCCUGAUGGUAAUUAAGGGUUGUUGAUUCACAUUACAUAAAUCAUUGAUAUGAAUUUGAACACCCUUAGCUUGUAGGUUUGAAAUGAUAACACCAAAAUGGUCCCUCCCAAUUGCUAACUUAUGAGAAACGAAUAGCUUCGUUUCACUCGCGUCUAGUUGUAAUAUUAUUACAAUAGAUUUAUUUUAUUUGAAGUUUCUGUGAAAGUGAUGGCUUGAAAUCGAACCUAUAAGGUUAUUAGAGUCUUAUCAUAUUGUAUUUAGAGCAGACAACAGAUUGUAUACGUUUUCCUUUGGAAUUAUACGGCAGUACAUGAGCAAGGCCUUAUUUACAUGGAUUAUAUUUUAUUUUAAAUGCAAAUAAUUAAGUUAUGAUUUACUAGAGCUUCAAAAUUUUUAUAUUUAUUGUAACUUGUUGUUACAUGUUAUUCUCGUUAUAAAUCAGUACAAGAAUUUAUCCCUUAGUAACUUGUGUGCCACUCUAUCAAGUGUCUUAAAGUAUAGCAUUGUAGUUCAAAAUAAAACUUAUACCAUAGCAAUAAAUAGUAAAAACUUGAGCUAACUAAUACAUUUUCCAAAUAUGUAACAUUCCUGUCUUCAUUCUACUCCACUACAACAUUGUACCGAGGAUUUUAUUUACUAUUUGCAGAGAAUAAAUGUUCAAAAUCAAACAAAA